AUGGGAGUUCUUGGAGUAAAGGCUGAUGAAGUUCCCCUAAAUUUUACUGAACUAAAGAAUAUAUACGUCAGUGACACCACACCUCAGGCUGAAGUCUGUCUCCACAUGUAUCAGCUGGAGUCUGGAAAGUUACCUCCAAGUCCCUCCUUUCUGCUGGAGCCAGAAGAUGGACUUCCAAAGGCUUUUGAACAGUACUUGAAUCUGGAAGAUAACAGAUUGCUGAGUCAUCUGAAGAAGUGUUCUGCAAGGUCCAAACUACCUUAUGAUCUCCAGUUCAGGAGGUGCUUUGUGGGGUGCUUGCCUGUAUCUACUUUACAGAGGGCUUGGGAUAAAGUUGUAAAUGGAUCCUCUAAGAUCCUAGUUUUUGUAGCUGUGGAAAUUUUAUUAACCUUUAAAACAAAAGUAAUGUCACUGAACAGUGCAGAGAAGAUAACUGAGUUUCUGGAAAAUAUGCCCCAGGACAACUCAGACGUGAUCAUAAGCAAGUCCAUCGACUUACAGCGCAAACACUGUGGGACCCCAGUACAUUCAGCCUAA